AUGCAAAGAAAGGCCAAAAGGGAAAGAUCAGAUAGCUGCAGCAGCAGCAGCAGCGGCAGCAGCAGCAGCAGCAGCAGCAGCAGCAGCAGCAGCAAAACCGAGUUUCCUGCCUGUCCAGGCUCUGCAGAUGUAGUUGCAGCAGCAGAAAAUGCAACAUCAGCCGCCGCAGCAGCGGCAGCAGCAGCAGCAGCAGCAGCAGCAGCAGAUGCUGCAGCAGACACCAAGUGCAAGCCAGCUGAACCCCAAGGCCCUGAAGAGCAGCAACAAGUGAAAAGGCUACGCAAGGAACAGCCAGCAGCAGCAGCAGCAGCAGCAGCAACAGCAGUAACUGCUGCAGCAAAUGAGGGCGCAGCAAAUGGGGUGGACGGCAGCUGUGGGAGAGAAAAGAGCAGCAGCAGCAGCAGCACAGACAGCAGCAGCAGCAGCAGCAGCAGCAGCAGCAACGGCAGCAACAUGAUAGGCUGUAGUGGAGUCGAUGACUCUCAGGCUAUAGACGGUACGUGCUGCUGCUUCGAUCAGCUAGACAGCAGCAGCAGCGGCAGCAGCAGCAGCAACAGCAGCAGCAGCUGCUGCUGCUGCUGCAACGAUAGCGGCAACGACAGAGCCAUCAGCAGCAGCAACGCAAUUUUCAGCUUCAAGACUAAGGCCUCUAGCCGCAGGAGCCGCUACCGCUGCAGCAGGAGGAGCAGCAGGAGCAGCAGCAGCAGCAGCAGCAGCAACAGCAGCAGCAGCAGCGACAGCAGCGACAGCAAUGGCGGAAGCGACAGCAGCAGCGCUUUCGGGGAUAAGCAAGAAUUUCCUUCGCAGCUGCAGCGCCCUUCUGCUGCUGCAGCAGCAGCAGCAGCAGCAGCAGCCCCAGCAGCAGCAGGAUCAGGAGCUGCAGCAGCAGCAGCAGCAGCAGCAGGAGCAGCAGCAGCAGCAGCAGGAGCAGGAGCAGGUGCAGCAGCAGUGCGAGCAAUGUGCCAAGCCAUGGAUCUGCUGCUGCUGCUGCUGGGGGGCCGCGAGAGUCUUGCUGCUGCUGCUGGGGUGUGCAGAGAGCUGCGUGCUGCUGUGCUGCGCUGCAGCAGCUGGUUUGCUGUUUGUGCGCAGCAGGGACUUGUGGCAGCAGCAGCAGCAAAAACUCUGGAGCUUUCGGAAAGAAGAAGCAAAGGAAAAGUUUUUGCGGGUUUGCUUCCUGCUGCGCUGCAGCAGCAGCAGCAGCUGCGCAUGCAGCGAGCCCUCGAGCGCGCCGCGCAGCAGCUGCACCCAACCUGCAGCAGCAGCAGCAGCAGCAGCAGCAGCAGCAGCAGCAGCAGCAGCAGCAGCGGGGAGCUGCUGCUGCCAGUAGCCAUUAGAUCUGUUAACUUGAAAGUCUGCAACGCUGAUGUCAAUGAUGGAGUUCCUGCUUCGCUGCUGCGCGAGUUGGCGCUGCUGCAGCUGCUGCAGCGCGAGCACGCCUUUGCUGCUGCUGCUGCUGCUGCUGCUGCUGCAGCGCGCAGCAGCAGCCAGCAGCAGCAGCAGCAGCAGCAGCAGCAGCAGCAAGAGUUUCCCAUUGUCAGAUAUGUCGGAGCUGAACUCAAAAACUCAGUGCUGCAUAUUUGCACGGAGUUCCACAAAAGAAACCUCAGGGCCUACUGGAGGGCGAGCAAACCCUAA